AUGUUCGAUGAGAAUGGCUACCUUGAUCCACCCUAUGAUCCAAAUCCUUUGCCAGCAACUUUGGUUCCUAGCCCAUCCCUAGCUCCCACAUACGAUAACAGCAACAACACCACCACCAACAACAACAGUGGCCUAGAAGACAACAUUAGAAUCUCCACCUUCUCUCUUGAGGACCUCUCCAACCCCAACAACCUCCCCUCAGAUGAGGCAGCCAUGGUUAUGGGUCUCGACCACCUUCAACACCAGCUUGGCUUCGACCUCGAGCAAGAGCUCCACAGCCAUAUGAUCCAAGACGCACCACCAAUGGGAGGCACCAAUAUUUGGGACUCAACCAUGCAAGACAUCCAAGACUCCACCAUCCACCACCAACAAAACUAUGAAGGCCAGCAACAGCAUACUGCAGUGCAGCAAAAUCUCCAAAGCUAUGAUGACACGCCAUACCCCGAUCCUUCAUCACACAUGGUUGCCCCUGACCUCCUCAACCUUUUAAAAUUGCCAACUAUAGCUCCGAUGUUUCCACCGACCACCUCCAUUUCCUUCAGCAACCCAAGCCUGAAGCCGAGAAACAUUCCAUUGGAUGUUUACAGUGAGCUCCCCGGGGCUGCUGUACCCGACAAUGGGCCAAUGCUUUAUGACUCAUCUCUACAUUUGGGGUACCCAGCCCCUCAACCUCACUUGCUGAAAGACUUGUUUCAUUCACUGCCACAAAAUUAUGGGCUAUUCUGUGGGGUAGAUGAGGGAGAGGCAAUGGUAGGAGUUGGAGGAGGAAUAGGUGGAGGGCAUGUUUUUCAAGAGAUGGAUGGUAGGCAGUUUGAUAGCACAGUGUUGGAUUAUAGGAGGGAGAUGGGAGGGUUGGGUAAAGGAGAGGUGAAACCCAAUUUUGCUACUGAGAGGCAAAGAAGGGAGCAGUUGAACGAGAAGUACAAGGCUCUCAGGUCACUUGUUCCAAACCCUACCAAGUCUGACAGAGCAUCCAUUGUGGGAGAUGCGAUCGAGUACAUCAAGGAGCUCCUACGGACAAUUGAGGAGCUGAAACUACUGGUGGGGAAGAAGAGACAUGGGAGGGAGAGGAUAAAGAUGAUGACAAUGGAAGAUGAGGGCACCGCCGACAUGGAGAGUUCCUCGAUGAGGCCUCUUAGAGUCGAUAAUGAUCACCCAUUCAAUGGGGCCUUAAGGAGUUCAUGGCUUCAGAGAAGGUCCAAGGAGAGUACUGUCGAUGUUCGCAUCAUUGAUGAUGAGGUGUACAUUAAGCUAAUUCAAAAGAAGAAGGCCAAUUGCUUGCUCUACAUUGCAAAAGUCUUUGAUGAGCUUCAGCUUGAACUAAUCCAUGCUUCUGGUGGAAACAUAGGAGAUCACUACAGCUUCUUAUUCAAUACAAAGAUUUGUGAAGGCUCUUCAGCGUAUGCUGGUGCAAUAGCCAAGAAGGUCCUUGAAGUAGUGGAUAGACAGCAACCGGCCCUAACAUUCCCUGCUAGCUUUUAG